AUGGAAACUCAAGAAGACAGCCCGCUCCACGACGCCUGUAGGAACGGUUACCUGGGCCGAGUGAAACGCAUCCUGUCCCAAGGUUUGGUUGACGUCAACAGCAGAGGUGAGAAGCACAGAAAGACACCACUCAUGUUGGCGGCUCAAGAGGGACAUAGACAAGUAUUUGUCUUUCUUGUUAAGAAAGGAGCUAACGUAUCACACAUAGAUCAAUACGGAGACAAUGUCCUGCACUUGGCCUGCAGAGGGGGACAUAUUAGUAUUGUGAAGGAUUUAGUCAGACACCACAUGAUUGAUAUUAACAGUAAGGGAAUGUACGGGUCAACUCCAUUGCUACAGACUGUAUAUUGUGGACAGAUAGACGUGUUCCACAUCCUCGUAUUUUGCGGGGCUAAUUUGUCAGACAUGGAUGACGUCGGAGAGAAUAUUCUGCACGUGGCAUGCAGAGGGGGACAUUUUGGUAUGGUGAAGAAUGUACUCAAAUAUUACAGUGAUUAUAUUAACAGCAGGGAUAAUCACGGAGAGACCCCCCUGAUGAAGGCUGUAUCGGAAGGACACAUAUACGUUUUUGAUUUCCUCGUGAGCUUGGGGGCUAAUGUGUCACACGCUGCUGAUAACGGAGACAACAUACUUCAUCUGGCCUCAACUGGGGGGCAUACAAAGAUGGUUCAGUAUAUCCUAUCACAAGACUUGGUGAAUAUCAACAGUCGGGGAAAAUACGGAGCUACCCCACUGAUGAAGGCUGCUCAUAAGGGACACAUGGAGAUAUUUAAGUACCUCGUGGGCAUGAAAGCUGAUGUGUCACAGGUGGAUGAUGACGGAGACAACAUCCUUCAUUAUGCCUCAAUUGGGGAGCAUACAAAGAUAGUUCAGUACAUCCUAUCACUGGACCUGGUGGAUAUCAACAGCAGAGGAAAAUACGGGAGGACAGCCUUGACGAGGGCGGUAUAUUAUGGACAAAGAAAGGUACUUGAUCUGCUUGCGAGUAAAGGUGGUUUAACUAACUUAGUGGAUGCUGAGGGUCAAAGCAUCCUCCAUCUGGCCUCUUUAGGCGGACGUGUGGAGAUGGUGAAGUACAUCCUCUCACAGAACCUGGCCGACAUUAACGCCAGGGACAAUGAUGGAGACACAGCAGCCAUGAUAGCAAAACGUAAUGGAAAACUUGACGUGUAUAACUUUCUUGUUUCACAGGUUGUCCAGUAA